AUGGGAUUUUGUUUCUAUCUCCUAGCUUCAAUUUGUAUCUACAUUAUUUUCCAAGCAUUUCUCAGUAUCAUUCGAAACAAAAGACUUCCACCAAGCCCUCCAACCAUACCUUUCUUGGGUAACAUUUUUUGGCUUAUCAAAUCAUCAAGGAACUUUGCUGAUCUUGAACCUGUUCUUCGUUCCUUGCGUUCCAAGUAUGGUGACAUUGUCACCAUUUACAUUGGUUCAAAACCUUCCAUUUUCAUAACAUCCCAUGAAGCUGCUCAUCGAGCACUUGUUAAAUCCGGCAAUGUCUUUGCAAGUCGUCCCAUGGCUCUUGAAACCAUUCAAAUCUUCUUCCCAAACCAAUAUAGUGUUACCACUUCCCCUUAUGGUCCAAUUUGGAGAAUGUUGCGCCAGAAUUUCAUGCAAGUGGUUCAACCUUCUCGCUUGAAAUCAUACUCUAUUUGUCGUAAGUGUGCACUAAGUGAAUUCAAGAAACAUGUUUUAAAUGAUAUUAAAGUUGGUAACAAAAUGGUGCCAAUUCAGGAUUAUAUUAACUAUACAAUAUAUGUUCUGCUAUCGUAUAUGUGUUUUGGAGAGAGAUUUGAUGAGGAAACCAUCAAGAAUAUUCAAAGAGUGCAAUACAAUGUCAUUCAUAAUUUCAUUAGGUUUAAUGUUCUGAAUUUUGUACCAAUGUUGAACAAGAUUGUGUUUAGAGGACUAUGGAAUGAAGUCAUGGAAAUUCGUCACGAUAGAACAUGCAUGUUGCUCCCAAUCAUAAAGGCACGCUAUGAGAAAAUCAAAGCCAAUAAGGUUGGUGGUGAAUCAUCACAAUUUGAGGCUUAUGUUGAUACUCUCUUUGAUAUGAAAAUCCCAGAAAGUGGGAACAUGUUAACUGAUGAAGAGUUGGUGAGUUUGUGCUCUGAGUUUAUACUUGGCGGCACCGACACAACGGCUACAACAUGGUUAUGGGCAAUGGCCAACAUAAUCAAGUGCCAAGACAUACAAGAGAAGUUGUUUGAUGAGGUUAAGAAAGUUGUCAAGUCUGAGGAAGAUAUUGAAGAGGAACAUCUUAAAAGGAUGCCUUAUUUAGAGGCUGUGGUGUUAGAGACAUUGAGAAGACAUCCACCGGGUCAUUUUAUAUUGCCAAGGGCAGUGAUACAUGACACUAUUAUGGAUGGUUAUGUGAUACCCAAAGAUGCAAUUAUUAACUUUCUUGUUGCUGAAAUAGGGUGGGAUCCAAAUGUGUGGGAAGAUCCAAUGGAGUUUAAGCCUGAAAGGUUUUUGAGGUAUGAUAAAUUUGACAUAAAAGGGUUUAGAGAGAUUAAGAUGAUGCCUUUUGGUGCUGGCAGAAGAAUUUGUCCUGCCAUUGAUAUGGCAAUACUUCACCUUAAGUACUUUGUGGCAAAUUUGGUAAGGGAUUUUAAAUGGACACUUGAAGAUGGGUGUGAAGUUGACAUGAGUGAAAAACAGACCUUUACUGUUGUGAUGAAGAACCCAUUGAGGCCAUGUGUGUCUCUAAGAUUCGCUUAA